ACAUUCAAGUUUGCUUCUCGCUAACAAGGCGCUCAACAGCCUAUUUUUUCGACAGACGGUUCAUCUUUUUGAUCGUGGUCGAAACACAAAUCGGUUUUUGCCAACACACGCGUCUUCAGCAGUGAAUACUUCAGUGUUUUCAGGCUGUAAUUACAACUUUUUGCGAGUUCUUACCACCCGUUGAAAUCUCCGAAUUUUCGAUAAGAUGGCAGCAGUAGCAGCAGCUCAGAAAAAUCGCGAAAUGUUCGCUAUCAAGAAAUCUUACAGCAUAGAGAACGGAUAUCCCGCCAGAAGACGUUCUCUUGUUGAUGAUGCUCGAUUCGAAACUUUGGUGGUAAAGCAAACGAAGCAGACUGUACUGGAUGAGGCUCGCCAACGUGCCAAUGACUCUAGUGUAGAACCUGAAAUUGUGGUAGAUGACAAGCCAACUCAAAAGCACGCAGAACAACAAAAUGGCGAUGACGAUUCCGGUCUCACUGAGGAAGAAGUCGUUUUGGCCAACGCCAUUGCCGAAAAUCCAGAAGCCGAAAAAGCCAUUCAGCGCGCCGCUUUGGUCCUACGUCUUCGCGAAGGAAUGAACUCUCUCUCACGCGUGUUGAAAACCAUAGAAAAAUACCAAGGAUCCGUCGUCCAUCUAGAAACCCGCCCCAGCCAGAGAGAUAACGGCCAGCUGGACAGCCUGAUCAAAGUCGAGCUGACCCGCGUCAAUCUCCUCCAGCUUCUCAAAGGUCUGCGUCAAUCUGGUACCUUGGAGCACGUCACUCUCAUCGGAGAAGAUAACAUAUCCGCUAAGAACCCCUGGUUCCCAAGACACUCCAGUGAGCUGGACAACUGCAACCAUCUCAUGACCAAGUACGAGCCCGAUUUGGACAUGAACCACCCCGGAUUUUCCGACAAGGAGUACCGUGCCAGACGCAAGCAGAUCGCUGAAAUUGCCUUCUCCUACAAAUACGGUGACCCAGUGCCCUACAUCGAAUAUACCGAAACUGAAAACAAAACCUGGAACGCAGUUUUCACCAUCGUUUGUGAUCUCAUGCCUAAGCACGCUUGUGCUGAGUAUCGCAGGGUGUUCCGCACGCUUCAGGAUGAGGGAAUCUUUACUCCCGGCCACGUACCGCAGUUGGAGGAUAUGUCGAACUUUAUGAAAAAGUGUACAGGGUUCACGUUGAGACCAGCAGCUGGACUUCUCACAGCAAGGGAUUUCCUCGCUUCUCUCGCCUUCAGGAUUUUUCAGAGCACUCAGUAUGUGCGACACACCAAGACUCCUUUCCACACUCCUGAGCCUGAUUGCAUCCACGAAAUUCUAGGACAUAUGCCGCUUCUUGCCGAUCCCAGUUUUGCUCAAUUCUCACAAGAAAUUGGACUCGCCUCCCUUGGCGCCUCUGACGAGGAAAUUGAAAAACUGUCUACUAUCUACUGGUUCACCGUAGAAUUCGGCCUUUGCAAAGAAAAUGGCGAAACCAAAGCUUACGGCGCUGGGCUCCUCAGUGCAUACGGUGAACUUCUCCAUGCCCUUUCCGAAAAGCCAGAGCACAGGCCCUUCGACCCAGCAAAGACCGCCCUCCAGCCUUACCAGGACCAGGAAUACCAACCAGUGUACUACGUCGCAGACAGUAUUGACGACAUGAAAGACAAAUUCAGAAGAUGGGUCUCCCAGAUGUCCAGGCCCUUCGAGGUGAGGUUCAACCCCCACACAGGCAGGGUGGAAGUGCUGGACUCCGUCGACAAGCUGGAGUCUCUCGUCCACCAGCUCAACACGGAGGUGAUGCACCUGGGGAACGCCAUCAACAAAAUGAAGGUCCCUUCCCUGUGAAUAUCCAGAUGGCAGUGCUGGGCCGGCUAUGUGACUGGGGCCGGCUCUGGCAUCGUGUGUAUAAAGUCGUCGUUACGUGUAAUAUAAUUUUAUUUGUUAAUUUAAUUUAAUGAAUAGUAUUAGUGUAGUUGAGUGAGUGUAGCUUGUGAUCUCACCACAUUCAGUGCACCAACCUAUCUGCGAUAAUGUUAUUGUUAUUCCUUCGUCAUGUCUAGGGUACCCUUCUAUGUUGUUAGUAUCGUUGACGGCAUGUUGGAUUAUUUAAUUUUAUUUAAUUUUAUUUAAUGCACCCGCACGAGAUCAAUAUUUUAAAUGUAUUAUAGAUGGUCGUAUCUAUGAAAUAAAAACGUGCAAUGAAUUGAAAAA